AUGGGAAAGGAUAAAUAUGAAAAUGAAGAUCUGAUCAAGCACAGCUGGCCUGAAGAUAUCUGGUUUCGUGCGGACAGACUCUCUUCGGCUCAUGUAUACCUUCAAUUGCAUAAGGAAAAGAAUAUAGAAGACAUUCCAAAGGAAGUGCUGACAGACUGCACCCACCUUGUGAAGGCCAAUAGCAUUCAAGGCUGCAAGAACAACGUUAAUGUGGUAAAUACGCCAUGGUCUGACCUGAAGAAAACAGCUGACGUGGAUGUGAGCCAGAUAGGCUUUCACAGGCAGAAGGAUGUAAAAAUUGUGACAAUGGAGAAGAAAGUAAAUGAGAUCCUGAACCGAUUAGAAAAAACCAAAGUGGAGCGGUUCCCAGACCUAGCAGCAGAGAAAGAAUGCAGAGAUUGUGAAGAGAGGAAUGAGAAAAAGCCCAAAUUCAGGAAAUGA